AGUAAAAAAAUGGGCCCAUAGCAACCUGUCCUGGAACCAUGCAAGGGGAUGCAAGAGCCUAGGGGGAGGCUAAGGCUCCUACCUCAGCUCUGGCUUCUUCAGCAAAGGCUGAAGCCCCUCCCCUCCUCAUUCAGGACCCUCCAGCUAGAAGGCAGAAAUAGUGUCAGCGAGGUGAUAGCCAGCUCCGCCUGUCAUGUUCACUCUGUUCUAGGUCUUCUAGUCCCCAGAAGCCUCGCCCCUCCUCCAUUCCCAGCCCAGGUUUGGAGGCGAGUCUCCUCUAGUGACUGAGCCGCCUGCAUGUUGGCGAGUGGCUUUCUGCCUCCUUCGCAUCUUUGUCUCCUCCUCCAGCUAGACUCCUGCUCCCCGCACAGGGUCUGCAGCGGCCAGCGCCGCAGCGAAAGCCAAGUCGUGCCCCACACGGCCGCCCGGGGCCGCACCCUCGCUCGGUGGCGGCGCGCAAAGACGCCAGCCGCGCCACGCACAGCCUGCGUCCUGCGCCCCGGCCACAGCGCAUCCACGCCGCCGCGGCGGUCGCUCCGGAGCGGAGCCCGGCCGGCGGGCCGGGUCAGGGUGGGCAGCCCAGUUCGCAGCCUGCUGGAGGUGGCGGCCGCUGCAGCCCUGGCAGCGCGCACACCCCUAGGCAUACGCACCAAACGCCUCCUCCCUGCGCCACGAGGAUGGAGCAGCCAUCCCAACCCAGGACUGGCGCAAGGUAAGGUGCAGCCGCCUGUUGCUUUACGCAGAGCGCGGGAUCAGCUCCCAGUCAGGUUGCCUAGGCCAUCUCUCUGGGAAGCAGAGAACGGUCACCGCAGUUCUGAGUCCUGUCAGUCCAAAUCCCCGGGUCCCUUUGACACAGAUCUUUGGAGAGACUCUGCCUGGAGAAGAGAAGUCGACCCUUUUCGGUCUUGUGCAACCAGGUGCCAUGCAGCAGUCUGCAAACUUUUGUGACCCUCCCUGUGUGGUUCUCACCUGGUGCGGUGCCUGUUCAUUUCUCUCGUGCGCCCUUCCCCCAGCUCCCCCUUCCUUAACGUAUUUGCCCGUUUCUCUCACUGUGUUCUUGCAGUUCGACUUUUCGCUCUCUGCAGCUCUCCGGUUCCAGAGACGAGGGCUUGCGAUCUAGUAGUGCUUCUCCUGCCUGUCGCAACUGGGUAGGGGCAGAGGACCAGGAGAUGUGGGACUUAAGGGAAGGCUGCUGUUACCCGGGGUCUCCAUCCAGAGCGGUGGGGGUCAGACCACUCGAGCACGCCACCCCCAACUCGAUAAUAAAAUCCCCAGAGUGGCUUUGGGUUAUGGUUUUGUGCCGUGGGAAAUGUAAGUGUGGAUCUGGGUGGGUGAAGUAAGUGGUUCUGGGAGGAAAAGGUCUCUCUUGAGGAUGCCGGAGGCAGCCAGAGGGUGAGAUCUGUCCAAGGGUGAGGGGACGGAAAGGCUCUGCUAACGUGGGCGAAGGGACAGCCCAGCGUGGUCACUGAAGAGGAUUUGGAAGAGAUUGAAGUCCGGUGGGGGUGGAGGGCGCCGGCCUGGAUGUGUAAAUACGGGGGGAGGGGCUUAGGUACCCGGGAGGUCCCGAGGUGGGAAGCAGCUCCUGGAAUUCCUGCCCCGGGGUAUUUAGGAAGGCUGGCUGCUUCUGCCUAGGGUAGAAAGAGCUCCCUCCCCAGGAACAAACAAACCUCUCGGCUACAUUCUGAAUGCGUUGGCAUCUUGGGCGGUGACUGAAUGUUCAGAUCAUGGACCGAGGACGCUGUUCCUGGCUCCAAGCGGACCACAGCCCCUGUCCUCUCCCGCACCCGCUCAUCUCUACACCCCUUCAUCUUCGCAACCGGGUCGGUAGAUCUACGCCCACCGUCUCUGACGGCACUGGGGCGUCAGGGAUGUCUCCACGUCCCGGAAUGGGAAGGGGACGGGGACUCCUGGCCUGAUCCCUAGGGGUAUAUUUAUAUGUGGAAAGCAAAGGGGGAUCCUCAGCGCUCAGCAGAUAGUCUGGGGUCCCAACCCUCCAGAGAAGAGUGCAGGGCGGAGGCUGCACCCCGAGCCACCUUCUCCCGGCUGCUUCAAGGUUUGCACCUGGGCGGAGCAAAGAAGGGAGCGGGGGAGCCCUGAGCUGGGCCGGGAAAGAUCUUAGCUUAGAACUGGGGGGUGUGUGGAGAGUCGCAGCGGAAGGGGGUGUGCACAGCUGCUCCCGUGAAGGGAGACCCAGCUUCGCGACCUGGUCUCGGGGAUCAGAGGUGGGUCUACCCACUUUGCAACCCCCAGAUAAAUCGUCCUGGUUGUUUCUGAUGACUUGGUGGAUGCAGGAAUCCUCUUUUCCAUCUCAGCCAUCUGGCCUUCAAGACCACUUGUGGGAAGGGGCCCAUUGCAAAGAAAGGGCGUCCCCUCUCUAUUUAUCUCCAAACUCCUCCUCUCUUCCUGAGUGGGGGACACAUCACCAUGUCUGGGAGAGGAGGUGCAUAGCCCUCCUCGCCCUGUCUCCUGUGACACUUUCGGUUGAGAGCCCUGCUUGUCUCCAGUUCCUACCUAGCCUGGUGGGGAAGCAUUUGGAGGUUGUGCUGCUGUGGGGCUGUGGAAAGCUCCCAGGCUCUCUCCCUGCCUCAACUUCUCAUGUUCUGGCUUCUAGGAGAACAACCUUCCCUAGGUUGCCCUGUGAUUGCUUCUCCUAUCCUGCACUAGCCAGGAGAAAGCAGGAUUGGAGUCAAUUUGCUUCCCUUUUUGGUCGGAGCCUUCUAGAAGAGUGGUGGACUAUCAGGGCUCUAGGAGGAAUUUUAUGGCAGUCAUUCCCAUCCCCAGGCCUACCUGGAGCUGCUAGCUCCCUGCUUCGAAACAGACAGCUCUAGAGCCAGAGGAGCAAGAAUGGGGAUUCCCUCUACACAAGCUUCUAAUGCAUUUCUGGGGCACAAAGGCCACACCCUCACCAGCCAGACCUGGCUGGUGACAGCAUGCAGCUUCUUCUGAAUUACCUGGAUACCUGAGGUUUCCAAGCAAGGACAGGAGUAACAAAGGUUGUGUGAUAGCUGCAUCCUUUUGAACCACCCAGGAAGGAAAUCCAGAGUGUGGUCAGACAAUUGCAGCACUCGGAGUAAAUGAGGAAUGGACUCGUGAUUAUGCUGAGAUUCCAGAAUGAAUCUGGUCGACCUGUGGCUAUCCCGUUCCCUCUCCAUGUGUCUUCUCCUCCAAAGCUUUGUUCUGAUGAUACUGUGCUUUCAUUCUGCCAGUAUGUGUCCCAAAGGCUGCCUUUGUUCUUCCUCUGGGGGGUUAAAUGUCACCUGUAGCAAUGCAAAUCUCAAGGAAAUACCCAGAGAUCUCCCUCCGGAAACAGUUUUGCUCUACCUGGACUCCAAUCAGAUCACAUCCAUCCCCAAUGAGAUUUUUAAGGACCUCCAUCAACUGAGAGUUCUCAACCUGUCCAAAAACGGCAUUGAGUUUAUCGAUGAGCAUGCAUUCAAAGGAGUAGCAGAAACCUUGCAGACCCUGGACCUGUCUGACAACAGGAUUCAAAGCGUGCAUAAAAAUGCCUUCAAUAAUCUGAAGGCUAGGGCCAGAAUUGCCAACAACCCCUGGCAUUGUGACUGCACUCUCCAGCAAGUUCUGAGGAGCAUGGCAUCCAAUCAUGAGACAGCACACAAUGUAAUUUGCAAGACCUCGGUGUUGGAUGAGCAUGCUGGGAGGCCGUUCCUCAACGCUGCCAAUGAUGCUGACCUUUGUAACCUCCCUAAAAAGACUACUGACUACGCCAUGCUCGUCACCAUGUUUGGCUGGUUCACCAUGGUGAUCUCUUAUGUGGUAUAUUAUGUGAGGCAGAAUCAGGAGGAUGCUCGGAGACACCUUGAAUACUUGAAAUCCCUGCCAAGCAGGCAAAAGAAGGCAGAUGAGCCUGACGACAUUAGCACUGUGGUAUAAUGACCACACUGACUGGCACUGGGAAAGGAGCUUCUGGUUAUAAUAGGAUAAAUGGUUCACUUUUCCCUCCAUCGUACACGUUUAAAACUUUGUAUUUUAGUUUCUUUGGACUCACGCCACUGUUGAAAUUUUCACACACACCACAACACUAAUAAUUUUAGUUUAGGUGAUCUUCUCCCAUUCAUCGUGUUCCUGGCUCCUGAGUAACAAACUCUCUGAACAUUAGUUAGACCCAUCUCACUAUUUAAUAAUGAAAUUUAUUUUUUUAAUUUAAAACUGAAUAAAAGCUUAACUUUGAACCAUGGAAAAGAGUGUGACUUAUUGGUUAAGAAACAAUAAAACCAAUCCACUUGCUUUAAAGAGAAAAAGACAAUCCUGCUACUCUAAAAGACUAUUAUAUUGAAAGGUGUAUCAUUACAAGCUCUAUGGCACCCUGGGGAGCCAGAGCUGAAUUACUGGCCAGUUAAGUGUCUGCCAGACUUUAGCUAGCCAAGAUGAUUAUACAAAUGUGUUUUUCCCAGUCUAGACAUGUUAGGAUGCCUGCUGACUAGCAGCUGAUUUUCAAACUGAGGAGGUUUAGUAAUAAAAAGCAAAUACUUGCUUCCACUCUAUGCUGUAUGCAAUGGGAAAGUAAAAGAUGGUUUGUGUCUUAUCCUCAAGACUGCCUUAUGGUGGGCAGGAAUGUGUGGUGACCACAGAAAUAGCUAGGCUAGAAAAGGAGGAGCACUGGCUGCUCUGAGGGAGCACUGUGUGGGAAUGCUCUGAGGGAGCACUGUGUGAGGAUGCUGACACCACUGAUAUCCCUAACCUCUCACCAGCAGAGGAGAAAGUGACCGUCGGCCCAUACAUGUAGAACAGGUCCAGCCCCCAUGCCAGUAGAGAGCAUUCGAGCUUGAAUUUGAACCAGGUCUUCUCUGAAUAGAGGUCUUCUCUGUGAUAGUCCUUCUACACUGGUUUACAAACAGAAUUUACACAA